UGCCUUCCUUGGUAAUAUCAAGAAUGCUUACGUUAACAAUCCAAAUCUUGAGAAUCUUCUUUUUGAUCCAUUUUUCAAAAAUGCUGUUGAGGAUGCCCAAAACUCUUGGCGUCAUGUUGUUUCACAAGCAAUUUUACUCGGCAUUCCUACUCCUGCGUUUUCCACCGCAUUAGCUUUCUAUGAUGGUUAUAGACAUGAAAAAUUACCUGCAAAUCUACUUCAAAGUCAAAGAGAUUACUUUGGUGCUCAUACCUUCAAGUACCUUGAUGAACAUAUCGCUAAGGGAUAUCCAAGCGGUGAUGUUCAUAUCAAUUGGACUGGUGAAGGUGGUAACGUAAGCGCCUC